UCUGGCAGAGUCCACAUGCUGGCGGAAGAUAUUUGAUAUUCUUCUUCUUCUACUUCAUCAUCUACUGUAGCUUCUUUUGCAGUUUUAGUACUCGAGUUGCUUUCAUUUUCAGUGGUUUUUUCAGUAUUUAAAGCCUCAGCCCUUUGAGAAAGUUCUAAUUGUUGCAUGUACUGUAUGUAGUGUUGUUCUUGCAACUGCCUUAUUAAAGUACCUUGUUUUUCUGGAUCACCUGGAUAUUGUUGGUCAGCAUACUUCCUAAACUGUUCAUAGGUUUGUUCAUUAAGUGCUUGUUGUAUUUGCCUUUUGAUUGCCUCUUGUUGUUGGUUUUCCUGUUCUUUUUGCUGCUGCGCCUCCAAAGCAAUUUUUUUUUUGUCCUUUUCUUUGCCCAGUCUUUGUUGUUCGUCCCUUUCCCUCCUGUGUGCCUCAAUGUACGCUGAAAACAACGAACAACGUCGACUUAGUAAUUCUACAAAGCCAGCUUUGGCCUGGUCCUUGGAUAGUUGUCCCAAUUUGUGCCAGGCUUCUCUUCGGUCUUUGCCCACUACGUCUAAAGUGCCCAGAGAAGCCAAGGGCCAGUUUGUAGACUUCGACAAGUGGUAGACCACAUUCCGGACCAAUUUCCAUUGGGUUUUUUUCAUUUAAAUUUAAAUUUUCCAAGUUUUUCACUACAUCCACAUCGGUACCCAUUUUUGUAGUUGUUUACUUGUCCACGUCAUAAGGCAAUCAGCUGAUUGUACUGACUGGAUGUUGCCAAAUGAGGAAUGAGGACACAACACAAACAUUUCGAAUUAUGGACAAUUUUAUUAAAAAUACUCCAGUUAAACAGCUCUCGCCUCAAGAAUUCCAACAAAUGUUGAGCGCCUGGAUGGAAAAGAAAGGUCUAGUUCGAGACCUGAGGUCUUACCUCAAAUACCAAAUGGUCAACGUCCUACAGAGUACCGCAAUUGGUAAGAAUAUCCAGAAAACCUCUUCUUUGGCCCAGCAAGCUUUGCACUUGAUUGUAGCCGAGUAUUUGCAACAUCAUCAGUGUAAUUUUUCCUUGUCCCUGUUCAGUACUGAAGUGAAUUUAACAAACGUGUUGCCUGAAACAAGGCUUUACGUACAGGAGACUUUAGUUAGUAAGUUUGAUAGAGAAAAUUUGCUUAAUAUUUUGGAAUUGUUAGGGAUAAGGAAAGAGUGUUUUGAAAGGAUAAUGUAUGAGUAUUUUGAGCAAGGCAAUUCUUUAUUGGUUUGUUUGUUGAAUAUUAUCAAUAAGGAAGAAGAGGGUAAUAAUGAUGAUGAAGUUUCAGAAGAAAUCAACACUCAAGAUGAUUUUAUCCAACACAUCCUUCUAAUUCUACAAUCAACCAAUCUACCUCAAAAAACUCAAAAGCAAUUGCUGCACACUUUGAAAACUUGCUACGAUUUAAAGAACAAAACCUACCAAAACCAAAUUAUUGAAUUAAUUGAAAAAUUCAAAAAGGAGUUUCACUACAGAGACCAAAAGCUACUUUACAAUCAAAAACGCAAAAAAACACUUGAAAAACAAGUUAACAAAUUAAAAAAAGAAAACUCUAAGUUAAAACAAUGUCUAUUGCCUCAUUGCAACCAACAAUGUAACAACCUAAAGACAUUAAACGACUCUUACAAACAAGAAAUUGAAAAACUCAAAAACACAAACACCAAACAAAAACAAGAAAUUGAAAGACUCAACAAACACUGUGAUCAUUUAUCACUGGAAUUCAACGCGUGCCAGAGCAAAAUAAGCUUGGCCAGUGCCAAACUAGACCAACCAGGAUCAGACAAAGAACUCAGCUUGAGCUCAGAUUCAAUCACUGAGCAAAUUUUGCAACAGGCAAAGGAAAAACUCAAAUUACUAGAAGAGGAAAGUGAAAAAUUAGAUUUAAGGACAAUAAUGAAACAAAUAGUGACGAACCAAACGGUGAAAAUCCCAGAAGGGAUCACCGUCAGUACCAAAAGCCGGACAAUUACAGUGAAAGGGUCCAGGGGAGUACUGAAAAGGUCCUUCAAGCACUUGGCUUUGGACAUCCGUAUGGUCAACCCCAGAUUAUUAAAAGUGGAAAAGUGGUUUGGAACCAAAAAGGAGCUAGCUGCAGUCAGGACUGUUUGCUCUCAUGUUGAAAACAUGCUGAAGGGAGUAACCAAAGGUUAUCAGUACAAAAUGAGGGCUGUGUAUGCUCACUUCCCCAUCAACUGUGUCACCACUGAAAACAACUCCAUUAUUGAAAUCAGGAACUUUUUGGGAGAAAAAUAUAUAAGAAGAGUGAAAAUGGCCCCAGGUGUGACUGUAAAGAACUCCACUGGUCAAAAGGAUGAGCUCAUCAUUGAAGGCAACUCCUUGGAAGACGUGUCCAGAUCAGCUGCUCUCAUCCAGCAAUCCACCACUGUCAAAAACAAGGAUAUUCGUAAAUUUUUAGAUGGCCUGUAUGUUUCUGAAAAAACGACUGUUAUUCAGGAUGAAGCAUAAAUAUAGCAACUUUUAAAUAAUAUAAUUUGAGUGUUUUCUUU